AUGAAGGUCAUUCUUCCCCUCGUCUUUGCUUUUACCCUCUGCGCUGCACAUGGAGAUCACGACCAUGAAGACCAGAUGCCUCUCGAAUAUGUUCGAUUCCCUUUUGAACCCAUCUAUCGUGGUCGCAACGGCGAAGUCACAGCAGACGCCAUCUUCUCUGGGAUUACAACAUUCGCCAAGCUCCCUUGGGUCCAAUGCCUUACCCGCGAAAGCAAUGUUCCCUUCGACAUCGCCUUUAUAGGAGCACCAUUUGAUACCGCGACUAGCUAUCGACCCGGCGCUAGGUUUGGGCCGUCCGGUAUACGCGCAGGCAGCCGUCGCUUGACUUUAUAUGGCGGGUACAAUGUUCCCCUUCAAGUCAAUCCUUUCCAGUCUGGCCUCAGAAUUGUCGACUGUGGAGACAUCCCUGUCACUCCCUACGACAACAAGUAUGCGAUCCAGCAAAUAGAAGAUGGGCAUAAAGCGCUUCUUCAACGUGAAGCCUUCUCACCCUUGGGCCAUGACUCCAUUACUGGAGAAGCCCUUGUGCCUCUCUCACUUGACGGCAAAAAUCAUCCGCGAGUCAUCACACUUGGCGGCGACCACACCAUUGUUCUACCUCUCUUGCGUUCCAUUAACUCUGUCUAUGGCAAAAUUUCGGUCAUCCACUUUGAUUCGCACCUCGAUACUUGGAAGCCGGCAGUAUUUGGUGGAGCCCCGAGCGACCAAGCAGCUAUUAAUCACGGAACUUAUUUCUAUUGGGCGUCUCAGGAAGGCUUGAUAAAAAACGGAUCGUCAAUUCACGGGGCGAUUCGCACGACAUUGAGUGGGCCAGAAGACUACGAAAAUGACGACAACUCGGGCUUCCAGCGGAUUGAGGCGAGAGAAAUAGAUACUAUAGGUACCGACGGUAUAAUCAAGAAGAUUCGCCAAACUGUCGGAAACAACCCUGUGUAUCUGUCCAUCGAUAUUGAUAGUAUCGACCCAGCGUUUGCUCCCGCGACGGGGACGCCUGAAACUGGUGGCUGGUCAACUAGGGAAUUGCGGACAAUUCUCAGAGGAUUAGAGGGCAUGCAUAUAGUCUCGGCUGACAUUGUCGAAGUUGCUCCCGCAUAUGACACCAAUGCUGAACUCACUACCAUGGCCGCAGCUGACGUCCUCUUUGAAGUGCUCAGUGUCAUGGCCAAGACCCCUCUCGGUAAGGUGGCAAAGUCAGCUUAA